UAUGAAGCGGAAAGACUACCGACUACAAUGAAAGUCGGUCAUACGCGCCCAAUGGCUAGACUUCCAUCGAGUUACAGUGGAAUAUAUCUGUUCCGCGUGAUAUACACAGCCUUUCUUAGCACAGGUUUAUGCAGGGCUCUGUCGCUGACCUCCGAGGGCCCCCAGACCAUAAGGAGGGCCGUGGGCGACCGCGUGACUCUAGGAUGUACCUACGAAUGGGGCGCCUCCGACCGCGGAGACCUGGACAUAGAGUGGUCCCUGGUCAGCCCCGAUACCACCAUGAAAGACCAAAUGCUGCUGUCCUACAGCAAUGGAAAGAAAUACAUCCAUACAUCCACAGAAGGCAUCGACUUCACCGCGACCGACCCCUCUAAGGGGGAAGCUUCACUCUCCAUCGCGGUGCUCUCCCCCCCGCACAGCUCCACCUACCAGUGUAAAGUCAAGAAGUCACCUGGGGUGGACAUGCGCAAGGUGACACUGGUCGUCAUGGAAAAGCCCUCCGUGCCAAAGUGUUGGAAAGAGGUAACCAAUUCUCUGGCAGAGUCGCUCUCAUUGCAAUGCAAGUCCUCGAAGGGAUCCGCGCCAUUAAAAUACACGUGGACGAGAGGGCGGGGAAGCCCGUUCCCGCAAACACUGACACAGAACGGUUUGACCGGACAGCUGUUGAUCCGAAACUAUUCGCUGAGCCUGGCGGGGCUCUACCGCUGCACGGCCUCCAACGACGUGGGGGAGGAGCAGUGCACCAUCCAGCUGGCGGACGAAAAACCGCCGAGCCGAGCUGGGGUGAUUGUGGGCUCUGUGGUGGGCUCCAUCCUGCUCAUCACCCUGCUUCUACUCCUCCUCUGGCUCCUGCUGUGUAAGCUCAGCGACCGACGCCGCAACCAAAAGGAGUUCUCCAAUGAAAUAAGGGAGGAUGCUCCCGCCCCAGAGAGCCGACCUACCAGUCGUUUCACCAACAGAAGCACCAGCCAGUACCGGGGGGGCAGUUACAGCCAUGUAUCCAGGCCAGAGCCUUACUUUAUUGGGGACAGCGAGUUCACUUCCCCCCAAUCCACCACCAGCCCUGGAAGCACAACUUUCAGCUAUUCCGCCAAGUACGGAGAUGUGGUAUGAUUAGGGCACUUAUGCUGCCCUGGUUCCCAAAGAUGAACUGUGUAUUUACACGUGUAUUACUAAUUUAAAGUUUUUAAAUUAGUUUUUAAGUUUUAUUAAAAAUAAUGGAGCAAGCAUUCAUUAGAAAUAAAACAUGCUUUUUUUCUACAUGUUUCAACACUGUGAAAUCCCAUAUGCAUAUGAAAUAUAUAAAAAUAGUUGUUUUCGUUAUUAUACAUAUUAGUGAACUAAUUAAAUUACACACUUAAUAAUUAUCUUUGGAUCACCUGACAGCCUUUUUGAGCCAACGCUACACAGAAAGUGCCUAGUUAUGUGUGUGUAUUAAAUAUGAAUAUUCAUAAUUGAAAA